GAGAAAUUUUUAUGAUGCAAUUAGGGGUGUGUAGGGAUGCGUGAUGCGAUUUUUUUUUUCGUGUAGCUCAGAUAGUAAAUAUGAUAGGGUAACAAGCGAAAAUAAAGGGUUUGAGAAAUUUCAGUGCCAAUUAGCUAAAAAGGAGUUUUUAUUGUUAUUGUUUUGUGUCAUGUGUGGUUGAAAAAGUUAGGUUUCUGAGUGUUUUUUUUUCUGGUAUUUUGGGGUGAGGUGUUUGAAGAUUUUCACGAAUUACGGCGGCAUUUGAUAGAGGCUAAAUGCACUAGAUUCGCACAAUUACAACCCAAUAAUGGAUUACAUAAGGGAAUUUGAUAUACAACUGGAAAGAGAGCAUUACUAUGCAGGAGAAACGGUUUGUGGAAACGUUAUCCUGGAUACGGUGGAAAAUUUUAAAUUACGAUCAAUAAGGGUAAUUUUACGAGGAAAAGCUCAUGCCGAAUGGAAAGUGAUGCUCUCAGGAGAUAGAAGAAUAGUCAAAGGAGAUCAAUAUUUCAUGGACCAAAGGCAAACAAUAUGGGGCGAGAAAAAUUUUGAGAGUACAAUUCCAAUAUUACCCAGAGGCGUACACAAAUUUCCAUUUAGAUUCACCCUUCCUGAAUCCGCUCUACCAUGUUCAUUCGAAAGCAGAGCAGGACAGAUUAGAUACUUUUUCAAAGUCACCAUAGACAUACCUUAUGCCAGUCCACCGCAAGGAAUGAAAUAUUUUACAAUAAUCGGACCUCAUAUUGAUUGUAUGGACGAAAAUUACUUGAAACCUACAAUUCUGGAAAGCCGGAGAUCGACAUGUUGUUGGUGCUGCAAAAAGGGCACUGUGUCCUUAAGAUCGGUCUUGGAGCGAUCAGCAUAUGCUUGCAGGGAAAGCAUUAAACUCAAGGCUACCAUCGACAAUCAGGGUGAAGAAGAAGUCAGAUUAAGAAUCAGAUUAGAACAAAUUUGUGAAUAUUUCAUAGACCGAGGCGUUUUAGGAGUGUCGAAAGAUCUUAAAAAUGUUGUUCUCGAAUAUAGAGGUAACCCUGUGAAACCUCAAAAACGAAUCAAAUGGGAUAGUGGUAAUGUUUUGGUAAUACCUCCUGUACCUACCACAUUAGUGAAUAUUUGUCGACUGGUACAAAUUUAUUAUGUUUUGACGGUAAGUUUGGAUACCGAGAAAGAGCCGGACUUGGUUUCAGUGAGCAUGCCUCUUACCAUUGGCACUGUACCAUUUAGGAUACCCAACAGCGAUAAACGACCAGUGAUUAAAUAUGAGCAUGCUUGUUCACAUGUCGAGGGUGGUCAAUAUCUUGCUCCAGAUUUUCUAUUAGGGCAAGUUUAUGACGGUAACGAACAUUAUUUGAGGGAACCAAUAGUCCUUUACAAACCUGUAUACGUCACAGUGGACAAAUCUGAAGACAAAUGAAAAAAGACAAUGCAAUAAUAUUUUGUAUCACAGGGUAAAAAAAAGACGUUAUAUGUUUUUUUGUAUGCAGGGUGAUUUUAUGAGAAAAAUCAUUCAUCUGAGAUUGAUAUUUUGAUCGGUGAAGAAUUUUCUAUAGGAAUCACCACGCAUUUAUCGUUCCCUAUGCCUACGUAAGUUAUCCAAGACUGAAUAAACUAACCCUUACAAUAUAAUGUAUAAGGAUUUUUGAUUAAGUUUUUUUUUUCGUAUUUAAUUGUUGCUUUUGAUCCCUACAGUAUUGACAAUCUUGUUUUAGAACAUUUUUCUCCCUCAUGCAGUUUACCCUAAACACAUUAAUGCCGAAAUUUUCUUAUAUUGGAUAUUAAUUUACAUAUUAGGAGGAUCAAAAUGCUCUGAUCUUAAGGGCGCUUGGCAAGCAAAUUGUUAUAUGCUCGUUCCACUUAGGUAGCCAGACGUUUUUAAAGGUGUGCAUUUUGCAUCACUACAAAGACCUGAUUUUGAUAUUAGAAAUAAUAGUUUCCAAUCUCUGGAAAUUUGACAGAGUAGCGGACUUCAGCCUUUUUUUGUUAGGUAUAUGGGAAAACUUGAUUUUUUGUGGUGUACUUGGCUAAUGAAAUUAAGAACCACUGUUUGAAGAUAAAAUCUUCAAAUGAAGAAUUUGAUGUGUUGUCAUCAUCCAAGGUUCAAUCUGUCAAAUUUCCAAGGAUAUGGAUGCCAGAAAAAAGUGAACCGAGACUAGGCGUCAGCUCAUGUACCGUACCACCCAAUUUACUUGAUACCGCAUCAAUUCCCGUGCAAUAAUUAUUUUAUAAGGAUAUAUUUACCUAUACAUUUUUGAUUUUAAUUACCAACAUCAACUAUGCACAAAAAUAUGAAAUUUACUUAUAGCAAUUUUAAUGUGUCAACUAUAAUAUAUUUAGGAAUUAUUGUGUCAAUAAAGCAUCAAAAGAAUUUCCACAAAAUGGAUUACUUAAGGGUUCUUAUGAAAAACCUAUAGGAAAAUAUGCAUAUAGUAGACUGAUUUAAUGUUUUAUACCUACUAUAUAUUAUAUUACAAAUAUUUGUAGUGUUAAAUUGGAUAUUUUAUAAGGAAAUUGUUGUCUUUUGAAACUUAUAUAGUAUUUUAAGUUUAGGUGUGCAAUGUGUAAAGUAACUUGUAUUAAAAAUUGGUUUUUCUGGUACCCAACCAUAUGUUUAUUUAUCAAUUUAUUGAAUAAAUCGAAUAAUAAUCGCCUAAAAAUAAAUAAAAAUUAUUAAUUAAAAUACAACAAUAAAUAAACCUAUAGUAAUAUUGUAAACGAAUUAUUUUAUAUCGAAAGUUUUUUGAAUAAAAUUCAUUUUAGAGAUUAGAAUAAUCUACAUAUUAUAUAUGUAUAGUAAUUUAGAGUAUAAGAGUUUCCUGGUAUUUAUGCUUUAAAGGCCACUUGGUCUCAAAAAUUUGACAGAGAAUAAAGAGACCCAAAUAAAACAAUGGUUGUUGAAUCUCUUAAAAAAGUAAAGUAGAAAUUAGAUAUUAAAAAAUUCAAUAUUGUGUACUUCCUUUAUUUGUGAUACCUUUUAGAAUUUAUACACUUCUAUUUGUAUCAUUUUUGUGUAUGCUCAAUUUUGCGAAAUAUGAAAAUAUAUUCUUUUCCGUUUGUGAAGCAGUUAAUUUAAGACGAGCGUUGCAGUUGUUUUGUUGAAAAUUAAAUUAAGGCUUGAUUAUGAAGGAUCAGUCGAAACACUCUGAACCAAACAUCAUUCGAUCACGAUCUCAGGUCCGCUCAACUGUCCAAUAUGCAAAAUUCGUUUGUGUGCAACGCCCUUUAUCAGAAACGUUCAGUCGAUGUUAUCGUUUUGAAAAUAUAGCAAACAAUUAUUUUGGCUUGUUUAGAUGUAUAAUGGGAAAAAAAUUAUGCAUUUAUGAAAAAUCUAAUAUAAUAAUUAUUGUUAAAAAUAUUAGAAAAAAUCGUGUAUUGAUGUUAUUUACAAUAAAAAUAAAUUUAAUAGCUCAAAGUACACUUUUUAGCCCAAAUAAAUGGUUACAGUUUUAACGCUCAAUAAGCACUGACAUUAUGUAUUAGACAAAAAAUCUGUCACAUCGAGCAAGUGCUGAAUGAGUAUUGAAAUUGAACAAUAUAUGUUUAGAAUAAAUACAUUUAUUGUUAUUGUUACAAAAGUAUUAUUAUGAGGCAAAAUAAAUGUUUAUAAUUACGCUGAUUUUUCAAUUAUUGCCCUGUUUAGGAAACUCUCAAAAGGGCUUUUUGCCUAUUUUAGUUUGUGUAGAGCAAUCUACAAAGUUCGAUUGUGCCUACAUUUUUCAUUAGCGACUUUUUCCGUUUAUCAUAUACGCACACGUCACUUGCUAGAAGCAGCUGCAUUUUUAUGCUGCCUUGUUCCGAGAUUUUAAAAAUAAUAUAUUCUCGACUGCAGAGUAGACAACGCACACUCUCGCUACGCGACCCGUAUAAAUUCGUGUCGUAUCGGACGGUUCGGUCAAUACAACGAAACUGCCCCUAUUUUACUGUCCUAAGAAGCUACAGAGUACUCUGCUACAGUCAACACGCUUCAGUUAUUGGACCAGAACCCAGAGAACCAACAGAAACCCUUGUCAAAGGUAAGUGAUCUGUGCGUACCGGGCUCAAACAUUUAUUUCAUUUUCUCUCAAAUCAUACAGUCCACUAAACAAUUUUCAUAUUUUCCGCAACAUGCCCUUUUAAUCUAAAAUUAAAACACUUUGUAUGUAUGUAUUUUUUAUAUUAAAUAUUAAUUUCCAAAGCAAUAAAAUGCAGCAAAUACAAAAAAACAAACAUUUCAAUUUCAAAUUCUAAUACUCCUAAUAAAGAGCCAAUAAAGUAUUAUAAGUAGACUUUGAGCAAAAACGUAAAUUGAUCAAAAACUAACAGAAGUGAUGAAACGAUUAGGAAUACAAUAUCAUCGUUUUUAUUCCAUGUUAACUUUUAGUCACUCUUUUAAGAUAAAUAAAGUUUUUUUGGUAUAUUUCCUCUAAUAUUCAUAACGGUCAUAGUAAUCGUUUCAUCACUAGACUUAAAAUAAUUUUUUUUCUAUGUUCAAUGCUCUUUAUCAAGACAUAAACAACAUAAAUAUUGAUAUAAAAAAAAAUCUGAGCAAAGCGUAAAAAGACCACUUCACAUAUACAACUUGAAGGCAGUUCAAGGCAAUAUUAUCAACAUUUGAAGAAUUUUUAAAAUCCUUCAAAAAGGCACCUUUUUAAAAUACUAAAAACUACCUAGGGCCAGUACUUUUUCUCUCAGUUAACUACUUUAAUAAGCUGUUGAGGGAUUUUCACCAACAGCGUUUCAAAUUUAUUAAUUGGGAGCAAAAGUACCAGCGGACCCUAAAAUAUUACCUACUUGAAACCUGGUAGUACCAAGUUCAACAAAAUCCUAAAAACUAUUAGGCUGCAGCGGUGCAGCUAAGCUGAUGCCUCCACAACUGAGAGGCUGGUACCAUGUGAGAGCAAAAUUCGCAAGGCAACUCUUCGCUAUCAGGACUGUCGGCUCUAGGGGGAGUCCUCAUUCUAGGAGCUUCGUAAACGGGAGUGUAGUCGU